AAAAGAUCUAAGUUCAAUAAAAAUGUGUGUAUAUGUGUGUGCGUGUGUAUGUGUGUAUUUGUGUUUAUCAAAAAAAAAAAAAAAGUCUCCAUUUUCACAUGUUAAUUCUUUGCUUUUUUUAUUUUUUUAUCUUCUUUCCCUUUUCUUUUGUUGUUAUUCUUUUUCUUUUCUUUAUCUAAAAUAUAUGCCUUUUAUUAAUACCAAUCAAAAAGAAGAGAAAUACCGUAUUGUAGAUGAAAUUUUAUCAGCGCCUGAUUAUUACCGUGUAUUGGGUAUAAAGAAAGAUACGCCUGCUGAAGAUAUCAGAAGAGCGUAUAUCAAACGAGGUAGAAUAUGCCACCCAGAUAAAUUUGUGCCUUCCUAUCCUCGAGCGACAGAAAGUUUUCAAUUAUUGUCUAUAGCCUAUGAAACCCUUAGUAAUCCUUCUACCAAAUUAUUAUACGAUGUAUCGAAACACAAAGGUACAUCAGCUACCUCUUCUAAUUUUAGUUGUCAUAACCAUACGAAUCCAAACGAUACAUUGCACAAAGUGUUGCAUCAGUUGUUUAAUGAAAUGUUGGAUGGCGAGUUUCAAACCAUGCGGGCUUUUAUACAUGCACUGAAUGAAACCAAUCCUGGAAUGCAUAUCACAGAAGAUGCGAUUCUUCAAAUUGAAUUAGGUUUUCGGAAAAUGCGUGAAUUAUUUCAAUCCACACAACAAUACUAUAAAGUGGUUCAGUUUGAAUUGAUGAAACUGUACGAGUUACAACAUGAAUUAAGAGCCUUGAGUUAUUUUAGUUUAUGGAAACGAAUGCAAUUAUCUAUCACUAUCUGCAAAGUGUUGUUACAACUUCCGAUCAUUAUUAAUGCAGAAUCAAAGCAGAGACAGUUAUUGGAAGACUCAGACAGUAAAAAGAACGAAAAUAAACAACAACCAGGCGGUAUAUUAAACCAAAAGAUUGAACAUGCAUUACAAAUGGCUGUUGACCUAUUAGAAACAGGUGAAAGAUUAACACAGUGCUGGUAAUAAAACAUAUUUGUCUCGGACCACCUUUCUUUUUAUUUUGUGUACACAUACGCAAACAACUUACUCCGAUCCUUAUUUGACUUGAUCUACACAUAAAAAUGCACAGACAUCAUCAAAGAGAAAGUGGAGACAAGAGAGACAGAGAAGACAAUGAUCGAGAAAAAAAAAAAGAAGCAUGUCUAUCUUAUUCCCGAGAAUUCGUGCUGAUAGUGGUCUUUUUUGAUAGUUUUUGCAUUUUUUUUUGUAAUGUAACACACUCUUUCUCUUUUUCUGUUCCUUUUUGAAUUAAAGCUAGAUUUUGCCAUACUAAAAAAAAAAAGCUUUAAAAUUUAAAGUACCUUUUUUUUAGUGAUUUUAUCAAAACGGUAUUAUAUAAAAGAACAAAACAGAAAGAAAUAUACAAUGUAUCUUGG